UUAGGAUAUGGAUCAUCAGCAGUAGUUUAUAGUGCCGUUCAUAUCGAGCACAAAAAAAGGGUUGCUGUGAAAAUAAUUGAUUUAGACAAGUUUGAAAGAAAUCAAAUCGAUAGUUUACGGAGAGAAACAGCGCUCAUGGCACUUUCAAAGCAUCCUCAUGUGUUACCAGUCUAUGGCUCUUUUGUGCAUGGAUCGAAGCUCCAUAUUGUAACUCCUUAUAUGGCGGUAGGAAAUUCCUACAUCUCAAUAGGCUCGUGUUUGGAUCUGCUCAAACUAUAUUAUCGAGAAGGUUUCGAUGAAGUCACGAUUGCUGCUAUCUUGAAGCAAGCCCUUGAAGGCCUAACUUACCUACAUAAAAAUGGGCAUAUCCAUCGUGAUGUAAAAGCUGGUAAUUUACUCAUGGACGAGGAUGGAUUAGUUAUGUUGGCAGAUUUUGGCGUUUCUAGCUCAUUAAUGGAGUCGGGUGAGAAGGGUGUUAGAAAAACGUUUGUUGGCACGCCUUGCUGGAUGGCUCCUGAGGUGAUGGAACAAGCCAACUAUGAUUAUAAGGCAGACAUUUGGAGUUUUGGUAUUACAGCCAUUGAAUUAGCUACAGGCCAAGCUCCGUUUGCAAAAUAUCCCCCAUUAAAAGUUCUUAUGCUAACGCUAAUGAAUGAACCUCCUGCAUUGGAAGAUUUGACUCCUCAAAACAAAUUCUCAAAGGUAUUCAAGGAAAUGAUAGCUUCUUGCUUACAGAAAGACCCAGCGGAAAGACCUUCUGCUGAAAAAUUACUAUUACACCCUUUUUUCAAACAAGUCAAGAAGCCAGAUUGGUUAGCAAAAAACCUAAUUGUGAAUAUACCUCCAAUAGAGAAUAGA